AGAAGGAGCAUGUUUUCUGAAAUGGACAGCAACCACACUGUUGCAUAUUAUGAAACUCUGUCUUGUAAUUUAACAGCCCCUGGUAAAGGUGCAAUGCGAAUAGUCCAGCUCUUUUUGAUGCCAGGCAUCUUUUUGGCAGUGUUGGUGCUUGGUGUGCCCCUUAAUAUCAUCUCACUGUGGGUGUUGUCCCGCCGAGUGGCAGGGAGUAAACGGAGUACCCUAUUUCUCCACAACCUAGCACUGGCUGACAUCUCCUGGCUGAUGGCCUUGCCGUUCCUCAUCCAAUUUCACUUGUCUGGGAUGGAGUGGUCACUCGGCAUACAUUUUUGCAAACUUAUCCGUAUGCUCUACCAUAACUACUUCUACCUGAGCAUAUUCUUUGUGACCUGUGUAAGUGUAGACCGCUACCUGGCAAUUGUUCACCCUGUAAAUUCACCUGUUCUCCUUACUCGGCAACGUGCCAUUACGUUAUGCAUCACCGUUUGGGUGAUUGCCAUAGUGAUGAGCAUCCCAGUGGCCCAGCUGACUUACAUCUCAGACUGUCAGAGUGACAAGAAGACUGUAUGCUCUAUGUACAUCUUUAUGAGUACCUCAAAUCAGAGCCUAUCAUAUUCUCUCUGCUGUACCUGUGUUGGAUUCCUGAUUCCCUUUAGUGUUCUGAGCUACUGUUACAUACGCAGUGUGUGCCAGCUGCGCAGGAGGGCUGACCCACGUCUCAGACGAGUGGCCUGUGAGCUUGGUGCAGUCAUGGUCUUGUUUGGACUCUUUUACUUACCAUAUCAUGUAAGUCGGAAUAUGGCUAUCACCAUGCCAUCGCUAGCACCAGAUAAUCCAUCAGCAUGGGAGGUGGCUGACUUAGUGUUUUGUCUAGAGAUGUGCGUGUGCAGUUUUACUUCCUGUACUAACCCUCUAUUCAGCUGCUUUUUGGGGAGGACACACCGGAGGGAGCUAUGGUCAACUCUCACCAAGCUGUGGAAGAAGCACAGAGUGGAGCCAGAGCACAAUGAGGACCGAAAAACUGAGGAGUCCCAGAUUAGAAUCAAUAAGGCAACAAGUUAGAUUCUGUGCCACCAGACUACUAUUACCACUGUAAACUUGUUUUGCACUUAGCAAGUGUCCUCUUAUCAUUUUAUUUAUUAUAAAGAAAGAGUGAAUCAGAUAAAAAAACUUAAUUGAAAUAUGAGCUACAAACCGGUGCUGCAGUGCCCACUUGUGUUCAUUUCAUAAUAUUAGUAAUUUUGACUGGAAUAAUAGUGUCCUAUUGUUCUUUCUUUCUGUCUUUUUUUUAGCUUUCCUUUUAGAUAUUUUAACUAUCAUGCAUAAAAAAUAUUUCUUAUAUCGUAUUGCUAUGAUGCUGAAAUUUUACACACAGAAACCUGAAACCGUUUUCUAAUUUCCUUAUAUUUAUUCCUUGCAAGGUGCAUUAACACCAUGCAACUUUUGCUUAUUAUCCUGGUUUAUCUGGAGGUUUCUGUGCUAGUACUAUACUUUCAGGUAUAUCAUUAUACAUAAGGUACAUAGUAUCAGGUAUAUCAGGUUCAUCUGUUUAUUUCCAUGUGCCUGUUUCCUCUCAGGGAAUCUUAUAGACCUUUACUGAUGGUGAAAUAUUGUUUCUAUGGUUCCGCCUUCAUUACAGAGCUUUUAAAUGAC